CGCUCGCUCCCUCUUCAUCUAUCGGCUGGCGGACCACCGCUCAUUGCCCAUCACCACCAACCCCCCCCCCCGCCGUGGGGGUUGUCGCUGCUGCCCCUGCUGCUGUUUGCAGUAGCGCGCGAGUUGAAGCGCGAAUCGCCGGCGUGAGAGAGAGACCGAGACGGGAGAGGAGAGACGAGAGGAGAGAGAGGAUAGACGGGAGAGGAGAGGAGAGAGAGGGGAGAGGGCGACUGGGAGCUGUCGCUGCUGGCAGCGCGCGGGCUGGACCCGGGCCGGACCCGCGCUUUGCCUUCCCCACCACCACCACAACCACCACCACCACAACCACCACCACCACAACCACCACCACCACAACCAUCACCACCACCACCACAUGGCCGCGAUGUUUCCCCCCUAUGGCUGCGACUGCUGCGUCUAUUUCUUCAUCCGUGUGGGCGGCACGGGGCUGUGAAGACAAGGGGGGCGGUGGGCCUGCCUGCCUGCCUGCCGUCUCGCUCUACGGUGGUAUUUGCCGAGUUGACGUUCGUGGUUUUUAGUGAAUAUCGUGCAGUAGUAAUCGUGGUAACAGCGCUGGCAACAAUAACAGUCGCAACAGCAAGCUGCGCUGUAGUUGAACUUUAACGAGCGGCGACAAGAAGUACAGUGGUAACAUCGACAACAGGAACUUCGACAGUAACAGCGGUGGCGGCGAGAUUUGCAGCAGUAACAGGAAUAGCAACAACAGCGGCGAAAAAACAGAAUCAAAUGUAGCAGCAGUGACGGCACUGGGCCGCGUAUAAACAUUAACGGGUAGCAGCGUCAACUUCGCCAUCAAACGCAAAGCAGCAGCGAACAUCAAAAACGCCAUCGAUAUUAACAACAAUAACAAAAAGGGAGGUUUGGGCAAGAGGACAUCAGGACGAAGGUGAGGAAGGGUACCGUUAACCACACACACACUCCAGUGACAUCUCAAAGCCAACAAACAUCAUCGGCAACACUCAAAACGCGACAAACUCCCUCUACCGUCCAACGUGGACCUUCCUUCCGGCCAGCCACCAUGGCAAUGUCCACCGCCAACACCACCACCAGCAGCAACAACAGCAGCAGCAGCAACGUUUCGGGCCCUCUCUCCAGCGGAAGGGCCACCAACGGAGGACCUGGGUUGACGAUGGCCCCGUGCAACCGGUACCCGUCGACCAUCACCACCAUCACCACCACCAUCAACAACAGCGCCAGUAGUAGCAGCAGCAGCAGUGCCCUGCCAGCCACGAUGACUGCUGUGUCGGGCAGGGAGGCAGCCACGGGGGUCUCCUUCCAGCUGCAGAUCGGCCUGGCCCGAGAGACGGUCACCGUGGACUCUGCAGAGCCACCGGGGUCAUCGGCCGUGCGGAAUCUCGCCUGCGCCGUCGUCGAUCAAAAGUUCCCAGAGUGCGGCUUCUUCGGGAUGUACGACAAGAUCCUUCUCUUCCGACACAACCUGCAGUCGGACAACAUCCUGCAGCUGCUCACGCCGAGCGACAGCGUGCAGGAGGGCGACCUUAUAGAGGUGGUCUUAUCAGCCUCGGCGACGCUUGAAGACAUCCAGAUCCGGCCGCAUGCACUCUUCGUGCACUCGUACAAGUCGCCCACGUUCUGCGACUACUGCGGCGAGAUGCUGUGGGGCCUCGUGCGGCAGGGCCUCAAGUGCGAAGGCUGUGGUCUCAACUACCACAAACGCUGCGCCUUCAAGAUCCCAAACAACUGCAGCGGCGUUCGCAAGCGACACCCAUCCAACAUCUCGCCGAGCCGAGAGGACAUCUGCCCGAGGGCUCCGACGGAAUCUCCGUCGCCGUUGUGGGGGGGCAAGCGGCCCCCGUCGUGGAGUGGACGCCCCGUGUGGGUGGACCGGGUGGUGGCCACCAAGGUGAAGGUGCCGCACACGUUCGAGGUGCGCUCCUACACGCGCCCCACCGUCUGCCAGUCCUGCAAGCGGCUGCUCAAGGGCCUCUUUCGGCAGGGCGUACAAUGCAAAGAUUGCAAAUUCAACUGUCACAAGCGGUGUGCUGACAAAGUGCGCAACGACUGCCUUGGAGAUGGGGAAGGGAACGGAGAGCCGUCGAGUCCGGACGUGGUGAUGGAGGAGAGCGGUGACGACGACGGUAGUACAGGCGACGCGUCGGGCUCCUUCCCCGAGGAGGACAUGGACGAUUCCUCGCUCUCGUCCGUGCCCGCUGCGCGCUUCCUGAUCUCGGACGCCCACAUGGCCGACGUGGACGCAGACGGCGACGAAGACCUCAUGAAACCCAUUGCGCUGACCAUCAGCAACAACAUCCCGCUGAUGCGCGUCUCUCAGAAAUUCAAGCAAACCUCGUGGAAGAAUAGCGCGGUGCUCCAGGAAGGAUGGAUGGUUCACUUCACCGACAAGGACAACAUGAGGAAGAGGCACUUCUGGCGGCUGGAUUGCAAGUGCAUCACGCUCUUCCAGUCGGAAUCUGGCAGCAAGUACUACAAGAAAAUUCCACUCUCCGAGGUGCUGCAGAUAGAAGUGGCCCAGAGCUACGUGCCGCUCGGAACGCACAACACCCCGCACUGCUUCGAGCUGCACACGGCGAGCACCGUCUACUGCGUCGGCGAGAAGGACGCGCUCCCGGCCCCCGCCGCCAACGCCGCCGCCAACGCCGCAGCCGCCAACGCCGCCGCCAGCGCCGCAGCCGCCAAUGCCGCGCAGGGACCGGAGCAGGGGCAGAGCCGGGUGCAGUGGCAGGGGCUCGGCCAGAGCACCGGGCAGCCGCAGGCGGGGACGGGAGUCGGCGCGGAGGUGGCGCGCGCGUGGGAGAUGGCGAUCCGCCAGGCCCUCAUGCCCGUGACGUCGCAGGCCGGGGUGGCCGGCGCCGCCGGGCACAACCAGCGCAGCGAGAAGAAGAAGGAAGUUUGCAUCAGCUUCUCCAUGUCAAACUGUCAGAUACAGGAGAACGUGGACAUUGGCAGCAUCUAUCAGAUUUUCCCAGACGAGGUGCUGGGAUCGGGCCAAUUUGGCAUCGUGUACGGGGGUAAACACCGCAAGACGGGCCGCGACGUCGCAAUCAAGAUCAUCGACAAGCUUCGCUUCCCGACGAAGGAGGAGAGCCAGCUGAGGAACGAGGUGGCCAUCCUGCAGAGGCUGCACCACCCGGGCGUCGUGUACCUGCAGAGCAUGUUUGAGACGCUGGAGCGCGUCUUCGUGGUCAUGGAGAAGCUGCACGGAGACAUGCUCGAGAUGAUCCUGUCGAGCGAGCACGGCCGUCUGCCGGAGCGCAACACCAAGUUCCUCGUGUCGCAGAUCCUCAUUGCGCUGAAGCACCUGCACUCCAAGCACAUCGUCCACUGCGACCUGAAGCCGGAGAAUGUGCUGCUGGCUUCCCCUGAACCCUUCCCGCAAGUGAAGCUCUGCGACUUCGGCUUCGCGCGGAUCAUCGGCGAGAAGUCGUUCCGCCGCUCGGUGGUGGGCACGCCGGCCUACCUGGCGCCCGAGGUGCUGCGAAGCAAGCAGGGCUACAACCGCUCGCUCGACAUGUGGUCGGUGGGCGUCAUCGUCUACGUGAGCCUCAGCGGCACCUUCCCCUUCAACGAGGACGAGGAUAUCAACGAGCAGAUCCAGAACGCCGCCUUCAUGUACCCGGCCAACCCCUGGCGAGAGACGUCCGUUGACGCCAUCGACCUCAUCAACAACCUGCUGCAGGUGAAGAUGCGCAAGCGCUACAGCGUGGACAAGUCGCUCAGCCAUCCUUGGCUUCAGGAUUUCCACACGUGGCUGGACCUGCGCGAGCUCGAGACGAAAUACGGCGAGCGCUACCUGACGCACGGGAGUGAUGACGCGCGCUGGGAGCAGUACGCACGCGAGCGCCAGCUCGCCUACCCGCAGCACCUCAUCCCGGGGCCCAGCCAGGCCGACUCCGACCUCGACGACCCCGACCUCUCGGGCCUCAGCAGCAGGGUCACCGUGCUGUGAGGCGCCCUUCUCAAUGUUGGCCUGCCGACACGUACGCGGGCGGGCGGGCGGGCGGGCGGGCAAGCUGUGAUCGACCGACGGAUGGGUCGAUGGGCAGGGACGGACGAGACCGAUCAAUCGCCGGGUAGCGGAGGUCUUUUGCGGGUCGCGGACGCGACCGGUAAGGGCCUGGCUGCCUGCCGCCGAAAGGCCAAAGGAACCUUCGGCAGAAAACGAAGGAUGGCUGAAGACCUUGUGUGCGUGCGGUCCAGCGCUUCGGAGGGGGAGUGGGAGUUGGUGUGGUGUCCUGCAGAAUUGUCGUGGACAGUAGACUUGUGGGACUUACGUUCCUGCUGGGCUGGGUAGGUGGUCAAGAAGACAACAGUACCCAUCUGUGUGGACCUUGGGAGUGCCCAUCCCUUCGUCGAAUGCAAUGGUGGUUUUUUCCUCCGGGUGCUCCAUUUUUUUCUCUCCCGCAAUACCAAAACACUCCUUAAAAAACAAAAUAGGAAUGAGCCAUACAUCCUCUUAAGCUAGCGCCUCCUGAUAAUGCAGAGGCUUGAGACUCGGGUGACAAUGUGAAAUGAAAAUUGGGAGUGAGAACGCUCCUCUCUGCUGCAAGAGGUGGGGGGUGGGGCGGGGGCCGCGGUGCGUGUGCACAGUCAGUCCGCGUAGCGCACGCGCACUUAAUGUCUGACAUUACGGUCGCAGAUCCAUGCGGGUCGGAAGCUGAGUCUGCUGAAGUGUUCAUCGUCUUGUUGCUGAAAUGUGUCUUUGCUGUGGUUGCAUUUUGCGGAGUUUUUCAGCGCCGUCUUUUUUUCCCAAAGUGCCCCCCCUGCGUGAUUUGGGGGAACGGCAGAUGGGUUUUUUUUUGGGUGCGACGGAAAGAGGAGAGGAGGAGUCCACGUGACCCCGUUGUUUUAAGUCGUUCUUUCGUUCGGACUACCCGUUGCAUCCGACCGAUGUGGGGGGGGGGGGCGGGGAGAGAAAUCGUGACCGCAAAAUCGUUCGGGAGAGCCACAACAACUAGAGAGUGGGAAGGGGACCGAAGCUUGAACGGCAGCAUUCGGCGGACACCCAGCGAGUGUGCAGAGAAAACGGUGCCAAAUAAUGAAACAAAACUCUGCUACUGUGAAGUCACGACACACUCUGGGCCAAGGGGGGUCUGCAAGCCCCUGCGGGUUCCGGUAAGCCGCGUUGCGGCUCUCUUUGAAGGGACCUGCCUGCGUGACGUUAUUCAAACGCAUGGGCGGCUCUUAUGUUACCGAAUUCUGAAAAAGAAAAUCUCUUGUUGUUGUUGUUGUUUUGGUUUUCCGACCCCUGUGCUCGGCCAAGUUCUUGGUGAGGCUGACAACGACUCUCGUGGCUGGGCAUAGCUAACCGGGCUGGCACAACGAUCGGGCAGAGCAAGCUUCGGCCAUCGUCCGUCGUUGGCGUUGAGAGUCGUGACGGAGCAGUGAAGGGCUCUGUGAACCACGCGUAUUCUCAUGCUAUUUGUUGAUGCAGUGUAUCUGUUACAGGUUUCACGCCAUGUUUUUUUUUAAAUAUAUUUUCCAAUUUGUAAAAAAUAGAAAUACCCAACAUCUUCUGAUAUGUAGUUCUUAACUCAUGCACUUGAACUUUUCCCCGAUUUCUUUGUUGUUUAACUGUAAAAGUUUAGCUGUGCGCGCGUGUGUAGUGGGAGACUGCGGCUGUUCUGUUGCGAAAGCAAUUAACUGUAAAUGAAUUAAUUUAAGAUGCACUCUUUAUUUUCACUUAAACUAACGGCUUAAUGAGCACAAACCUUUGAUCUUAACACAAUGCGCGCAUAUAUAUAAUACUCCUUAAUUACUUUCUUUACUUUAAACUAUUUGAUAGCUUAACAAACUCUGCAUUUGGCUACUGUUUUGCCAAGCUGCGUCUUGUACAAAAUAAAAAAGGGACUUUGGGGACAAGUGGCAACACGUGCCUUUUAAUUUUUUAGAAAAAUACUUUCUACAUUCCACCAUGCGAUGCGGCCUUUUUAGUAGCGUGAAGCCGGUGUGAAACAGCGCCGGUUAAACACCUGCCCCCCCCCCCGUGAGCGAUGUGGUUUCUCACCGGUAACUAAUUGCUCGCGAUCGAUCCCCGUGUUAAGUUAACAAAAUUGACGGUAACGACGAUGAUGUCGACGGCCGAUCACGACGAUGGCGGCGGCUACGACGCCGCUCGCCAAAGCGUGGACGGACGGUGACGCCAUCGGCAGAGUCUCAACGAGGACUCGGGCCGAGAUACUUUAGUGACGAUAUCAAGAGACGGCGGUGCGUUGACCAAACCUGCUAAUUGGAUAUAUGUAUAGGAAAAGAUGUUAUCAAGUUUAAUUAUCUAGUGUGUGACUGUGUUCAUCCAGAACAGGCCGUAUAACGACGUAACGCCCCGAUCGACAAUCACGAGGGAGACGUCGCAGCGAUGAUACACUACUCCGCGGUUACCUGGCUUCAUCGCCUGAAUGUGAAAUUCUAGUCGUUGCUCUGCAUCUACGUCAGCUGUAUGAAAGAGGAAGAAGAGACUGCAAAUGCAUUGACCAAAGCUGGUAAAUUGGUUAUAUAUUUAUAGUAAAAGAUGUAUCAAGUUCGCCGAUUGGCUGAUCCGAUUAUUUUGAGGAGGGGAGGGUGGGGGGGUGGAAUUUGCACGCCCCUCAUAGCAACGUUUCUAAAGUCAGAGCGUGCGACUCUUCGACUGCUUGCCUGCUCUAGUGGACCAGACUAAGAGAAUGACUCGGACGAAAUCCGCAAACUUUUCAGUCUCCACCUAAAAUUCCACAGGGCGUCACCGACGAGUCCAUCGCUAAAACACAAAUUGUCCACCCAAGUUACCAAUGGAUCGAUCCUCACCUCCGAAAAUUUGCGACGGUUCACCAAAGAAGCCAAACUUGUUGAGGUGGGGGGGGGAAGGAAUGUGCUGCUCACAGAAAAAAAUCCCAGCACCGCCCGGCAUGAGAUCGCAACACUCCAUGCCGGUGACCUUGCCGAGUUAUGAAUAUCCGACGUUAUUGAUCUAUAGCUACGAACCAAAAAAAAUCUUUUUCCUUAAUAUGCAAAACGGAGGGAUAUUUUUUUUUUAGUUUUGCUUUAACUUUUCAAAAGAUAUGCUUCGUAUUGCAGCAACAAGAAACAGAAUUUUGAACCAGUUUAUAGAGAUGUGCCAAAUACUUGUUUCGGGUUCAAUGCGCGAACAAAAUUGGGGCCAGCCUUAGCCACAACUAAAUGACCUUUUAAGAAAACACGGGCUGCGGGUGGUUAACGCGUUCCUCGUGGUUGCUGGUCGGUAAAAAUGCGAACAAUGCUCUCGGAAUCCACCUGGGGGCAAUGAAGCCUCACGGAUUUGCUGCUCUAUGCCUGGCGCGUUUGUUCGGGCUGCACAGCGCGUGUUGUUCGGCAUGGCGUCCCACGUGCUGGAAGCGGAACGUCGUACACCGUGCCGAACAGCAUUGCUGUAUAACCCGCUAACAGAUUCGGAGGGCUAUACAGCAAAGACAAAAGAUCGCCCACCCCCCCCACCCCCCCCCCCCCUCGUUUAGGGCGAAAAGUGCUUUUGGCGAGGACUUGUGAAGGCUGGCACGAUGCACGAGGGGGUGGGUAGCCAAAACCACGCCCGACCGCCUUUGUCUCCCUAGUUUCGAUGUUUUACACACCGCACCAGGCACUCAUUUGAGGCUGAGUCGACCUAGUGUGGGGCCCAGGACCGGUUCAAAUAAUCAGAUGUUGGGCUUGAGCGGGAAUCGAACUCUGGUCGCCGUGUUCGUAAGCGCUAACCCGCCUUACAGCGCAACCACUUAAACCUUACGCAAUGGUAUUUGUGGAUUGCGUCUUUAAGUUUUUUGUUACUUUUACAAACGUUGCAGGGACCAAAGGUCUCCAAAGCACCGUGUAUUCACCGCCCGGCAUGGCCGGCUCUUGUUGUUAAUUUGUCGCGCGGCGCUGUGGAGGGGGGGAGGCUUUUGGUUUCGCCGCGUCGAGAUUGGUGAACUGCCAAACUUGCCAAUCGUGAGGUGGACAGGAGAUGGAAGUGCAUCAAGUGGAAUUUGUGAAACCCUCUCUGUGUGUACUCGUUUAGGCUUUUUUUUUAAAGAUACGUGAAUGAUAAAUCGUGUCGUGCACAUUGCACGCGUCUGAUGUUUGGUAAACAAUGAAUGGCCGCGUUAUGGUUGGUCGGCUGGACUGGAAUUUGAGAAGCCAUGCGAUAAUGUGAUUGUUUACCCUCUCAAUCAAACCACAACCAUGACAUUACAAAGCCUGACAUUUAUCGGUUAAAUGAGAAGCAAUAUUAAAAAUGUUUUGUUUGUUACCACCCCGACUUUACACACGAGCAUCGUCUGGUUAAGGCAGGAGAUUAUUUUUUUAUUUAUAUUUGUUUAAACACCAAAAAUACAUAGAGACGCCGAGACCGUGGGUACACAUCGUCUCGGUGAUCGGCGAACCCGAGCGGAAUCAUCGCGUGCUCCCUAGCCGUGAAACUAAAGAUCGAGCUCGAGAUAGACGGGAGAAAGGAAGGGGGGAGGGGUAGGAGAAUGUUAGUGGGUUGGGGGGGGGUGGGGGUGGAAGUGUUGGAAAAGCGUUGUGGGCGUAACAUUUCUGAUGUUGGGGCAGGAUUAACCGGGGGGAGUUAUUCGCGCGCGGCGUCGUAAGCAGCUCGUUCUGAUGUCCCUCUAGCGCCGCGUGUUGAGGAAGCCGUCGGUCACCCCACGGCAAGAGCAAUGCUGCCCGGAGUGAUCGUGCCAGCGUGGUGCUCUCGAUUACUGCCCAUCGGCCCACCGCCAAGUUGCCUUUUUUUUGCCAAAUGUCAAGUCGGCUGCUUCAAGGCACCCGCGCUUACCUGGGAGCUUUGUUGACACACGUGUACAUCUAUUUAUGCAAUACUGCGUUUUGGGAAUACAUGGCAGGAUGAUGUUCCGUGGUUAAUUUUUUAAAAAAAGAAAAUUAGAAUUGUACCUAUAAGCUCUUUAAUACCUGUGCAAUCUACGUGUAUAAACCAUUGCCAAAAACGACCGUCCAUUUUGUUUGUUUGUUUGUUUGUUCCACCUGCAUUUUAUUUAGAGUUGUGUUAGUGUAAAAUUGUGAGAGUAGUCUUGUCGAUUGUUGUAAUAAAGUUGAUGGAAUGUGAAUCGUGGU